GUACAUAUUCGACUGAGGUUCCGUGCCAUUUUGGACCGAUGAUCCCAACCAUCCAUUCAAUUCAUUUCCUUCACAUUUAUAUAACAACAACAAUAUCUCCUUCAGCUUCAGCUUCAGCUUCCCAAGGUAUACAUACAUACCGACAAAAAUGGCGGCCGCUUCAGUUAGCAAGAAGCUCCAAGGCAAAGUUGCCAUCGUCACCGGCGGCGCCAGCGGCAUCGGAGAAGCCACCGCCCGCCUGUUCGCCGCCUACGGCGCGCGGGCGGUGGUGAUCGGCGACAUCCAGGACGAGAAGGGCCGGUCGGUGGCGGAGUCCAUCGGAUCCGACCGGUGCAGCUACUUCCACUGCGACGUCACCGACGAAGAGCAAGUGAAGUCGAUGGUGGCGCACACCGUCGGAGCCUACGGCAGCCUCGACGUAAUGUUCAGCAACGCCGGGAUGAUAAGCGAGCCCAACCAAUCCAUCCUGGACCUCGACCUCUCCGUCUUCGACACCCUGAUGAAGAUCAACACGCGCGGCAUGGCGGCGUGUGUGAAGCACGCGGCGCUCAAGAUGGUGGAGCUCGGCGUCCGCGGGUCGAUCGUGUGCUCCUCCAGCGCGGCCGUCGAAGUCGGCAUUCCCUUGAACGUCGACUACGGGGUUUCGAAGCACGCCGUGGUGGGGCUGAUGGGGUCGGCGUACCAGAAGCUAGGGGAGCACGGGAUAAGGAUUAACUGCAUCUCGCCGGCGGUCGUGGCGACGCCUAUGUCGGCGAGAAUAGGGCUUGGCACCGUCGAGGCAACGGAGGCGGCGUUGGGGACGGUGUGUGCCUUGCAAGGGGUGACGCUGACGCCGGAAAGGGUGGCGGAGGCGGUGGCAUUUCUGGCUUCCGACGAGGCGGCGUUUGUGACGGGCCAUAAUUUGGUGGUCGCCGGCGGCAUGAGCUUGCACGCCGUCUCAAAAGCCCUUGCCAAAGCGUUCAAGGCUAACUAAGACGUAUAGUAUAAUUGUUGAGAAAAUAAUUGAGUGGUUGUCGUUACACUCCUCCGCCUUCUUACUGUCUUUUUAAGAUUAAUUGUAUGAUCCAUGUAAUUCAUGUUAAUUGUCUUUUCCAUUUUGUAUAUCAAUCCUUCCAUCAAAUUUUUGUUUGUUA